CCUCCACUAUCGUUAGUCAUAAGCUCGUCAGUCUAUCGGCAACCUGCGUACCAGUCGUGUCGCAGUGCUUACAUAACAAUUUAUUAUUCCUUGCCAGUGUUCAUUUUUAUCUUUCGUUUUUUCGUGUUUUACAUACACACAUACACCAACACGUACACAUAAACAUACCUUAUGAAAUACGUAGCAUAUUUACAAAAAAGUUUAGUAUGCAUUAAUGUAUUGCAAAAUAACAAUUAAUUGAUAUACAUAUAGAUAUAUCGGUUUGACAAUUAUAACAACGUUUGAAGAUAUUUAACGUGGUUGGAAAAACCGCGGGAAAAUUGGUAAAUAAAAUGAUGAUUAUUGGAUGAUUUUGAAUCGCGCGUGCCGUGUGGAUAGUCUGCAUGGGUCUACCGGUGGUUGUGCGGUAUCAUAGUUGACGUACGUGCGCGGUGAAUAAUUUGAGGUGAAGAUUUGUUGACGAUUAGAGUCAUUAUUUUCUGCAGCAACCUUUCAAAUUUACAUACCAACGUAAAUAUACCAUCAUUAUAAUAGUGGCUCCUCCUCGUCGUCGUUGUUUUCAUCAUCAUCAUCAUUAUAUUCAACACAAGUAUCAGCAAUUCAAAGAGAAUUAUUUUCAGUGAGCUGUCAGUUGAUAUAGCAACAAUCGAAUGACAACUGAGAGAAAAUAUUCCAGUACUUUAUUUAUCCUUGAUUCCGUCCUGCUAUCGCUACCACGGUGAAACUUGUGCCAACGCGGUUCUUAUAUCGAUUGCUUUGGAAAUAGACGUGUGUGGAAACACCUGCUCGAUUGGCGUUGGCUAAAGCCACGACAGGUGCACGGAGCACCUUAAAGUUGGUGUUGGUGGUGCGUAGUGACGAUCAGUGGUUUACCUCUUGGUGAAAGGUGAAAAUAAUUGGUUAUUUUGUUUAACAAUAGCUCAAGUAAACGUAAUCAGAGUGGAGCGUAAGGCUGUCGAAGAAGAAGGAGCGACGAGGAGGAGCGCGAUAAAGAGAUCGCGUGCGCGGUUUUAGUUUGUUUCUUCGUGGGUGGGAAUUGGUGCGACUACAGUCCUGGAGGCGCCCGUCGUCUUCGCCGGUACAACCAUAACGCCGCCCGCCCUAAAACGCCCGAGACGGGAAACGGUGGACUCAUCCCCGCCACCCGCUCGCAUCGCCGCAGCCGGUAAUCCCGGAUCGUCAAACGACCUAGCCUGCAUCAUGGACGCACCAUUGUCGCAGAGCAUGGACUCGGUCAACACCGUGGCGUGCUCAAAUGGCGAGGACGAGGUGCGGACCUUGUUCGUGAGCGGUUUGCCGAUGGACGCUAAACCCAGAGAACUUUAUCUUCUCUUCAGAGCGUACGAGGGAUAUGAAAACUCCCUGCUGAAAGUCACAAGCAAAAAUGGAAAAACAGCGUCGCCCGUGGGCUUCGUGACCUUUCACACGAGAGCAGGAGCUGAGGCAGCGAAACAAGAUCUACAGGGGGUUAAAUUCGAUCCUGAUAUGCCACAAACCAUACGUUUGGAAUUUGCAAAAAGUAACACAAAGGUUAGCAAACCCAAGCAACCAGCCGCUGCAGCAGCCACCUCGCACCCCGCUCUGAUGCACCCUCUAACCGGACACUUAGGAAGCCCAUUCUUCCCUGGUGCUCCGGAAUUAUGGCAUCAUCCAUUGGCAUAUUCAGCAGCUGGUGAACUCCAAGGGACACUUCAACAUGCAACGCUCGUUCAUCCUGCAUUACAUCCUCAGGUCCCCGCACCGAUGUCUCUACCCCAUCCAACAACAUUGACGUCGAUACAUGCAUCUUUACCACAUUUUCUACCAUCACCAGCAUUAGCAUCUCCAGUUGGUUCAUCGUCCUCACAACCAAGUAUUGCUGUUAGUAAUGCUCCCUGCUCAACCCUCUUCGUUGCAAAUCUUGGCCAAUUUGUGUCUGAGCACGAACUCACCGAGAUCUUCAACAGUUUUACUGGUUUCUGUCGGCUUCGUAUGCACACAAAGGGAGGUUCGCCCGUGGCUUUCGUCGAAUUUCAAGACGUUCGCUACGCGGCUCAAGCGAUGGCUGCCCUUCAAGGAUCCUUACUCCUCUCCUCCGACCGGGGACCGAUAAGAAUUGAAUAUGCAAAGUCGAAAAUGGCCGAGGUGGGCUUUACAAAUCUCUGGAUCGAAGGAUCCAAGGGAGAAAAAAACGGGCAACCUUAAGAUCGACAUAAAUGGGAUGUGAAGAAGAUGAGGCAAAAGGGGAUCUCUCGAGUGACCAACAAGGCCAACGUUAUGGCGUGUGCAAGUAAGAAUAAGAAAAGAACUAGACACCAAGUGAGAGGUAGAAACGAGAAAAUCGACGUCUCUUAAAAGCGGUUUCUUUCAACAACAUCUUCAAGUCAAGAAGACGAAUAAACCGACUUGAAGAACGUGACCAUGUGGACGCACGUUGCUCUGCCAGAAAAGAUUAAAAUUCACCGGAUAAUUGAAUGCAAGAAAAAUAUAGAAGAGAAAAUGCAAGAAAAAUUUAAUUAGAAAUAAAUACUUUUAUCGUUUUAACUUUGUUUUAUCAGUUUAAAUUUUGUCAUUGUCUAUUUUUAAUCAUUAUCUAUUUUCAUAGAAUCUCUAGGCGAAAUUGUUAAAUUUUAGCUAAUUCAUCAUAAUACUAUUAUUAUUCAUAUUAUUAUUCAAACUGAUAUCAUGUAAUUGACAAAGUAUUUUCUUAAAAUAAUAAUAUCUUACUUGAAAAAAUCUAUCAAGUACAUAUUGUUGAAAUAUAAAUGACUUUAUUCAAUACUUUUAGAAGGUUGUAUUAGGUUUGAUUAAAUUUUUAAUUCAACAAAAUUAUGGCUAUACUUGCGACAAAGCAAAUGCUGAUUCAUCAUCGAACUUCAAAAGAUUGAAUAAUAAUAAAAAUGAUAAUAAUAGUAGUAUGAAUGGCAACAAAAGUUAAAACGAUUUUGAUAGCUGAAUGAAAUUGAAUGUAAGCCAGAAGAUAGUAGGAAUGUUGUGAAAAACAAUGAAAAUGAAUGAAUGUUUAUUAGAAAAAAAAAAAACAAAGUUAAAUAAUAUGACAAAUUGAAAGGUAAAAUAAUGGAAAUAAUUAAUCGAGAAGAAAAUAUAAACAAUCAUCGUAAAAAUUCAAUCCUUACACGAACAUCAAGCUUCAUACCAAAGGUGCCCUAAGAAACGUGUAUUUAUGUUUUUAUUAUCAUCAAUAUCGCGAUAAAUAAGGAGCAUUUUAAUGUUAAACAUUUGUGCGAGAGAUGUUGAGUAAAAAACGAAUGAAAGUGAAAAAUAGUGAUGAAAUGAUUAAGAGACUACUAAAACAAAAAAAAAAAUUAGGAAGAAAUUGAAUAAAUUGUCUUAUAGGUGAGGGAUAAAAGUAUUAAGUCAUUAAAAUAAAUUAUUACGAAUGCGAACAUAUCAAUAGGAUUAAGGCAAGGUAUAUUGAGAGGACAAGGUGUAAUUUAUCGAAAUAUUAAAAAAAAAAAGCUAAGAUAUGAGUGAAAACAAUCGCAUCGAUGGGAUAAAAAAAGUAAAAUAUAAAAUAUACAACGUUUGUGUAUUUAUAAUAAGGUAGCAAAGGUGUGCCCCGUGUGCUAGAACGGCCAACUCGGCACGUAAUUUGCCCAAGUGCCUUCCCGUUGGUCGAGUCAUGCUAACUGUACCGUAAGUCACGUCCUGUGUAAUCGUCAAAUGCCGUCGCUUCAACCGGAUUAAUCCAACCCCAUUUUUAAUUCCUUUUUUUUUCUCUUAUCCUUAUCCUUCAACACUUUUUCCAUCUUUUUUCACUACUAUUUUAACAGUAAUCCGUACGACUUGAUGUUAAUCUUGACGUUUUUGUUCAACGUACAUGUCACCACUUGAGUUAUAAACGCCACUUGUAAUUUACUUUACGAUAAAUAACUCUGGGAUAUCCUUUUUUCCUUACAUCACCGGGCAUUUAUAUUAUUAACUAAUAAUAAUAGUAGACACUUCUAACAAAUUCAUACGUACGGUAUAAACAAGUGAUGUUCAGUAUGAAAGUGAGUGUAAAAUAAAAGUGUUAUAUAUUAAUUAUAGAGAGGAAAAAAAAAAACGAAAGAAAAUUUGAUUUGAUUUUAAAAAUUAGAAAAAAAAAAUCACUAAUAAAGUAAUACUUAAUAGUAAUAUAUAGUAAUAAUAGUAGUAUAAGCUGCGGAUAAUGUUCAAGAUAUCGUGAUUUAUUGACAUCCGCCGUCAUAUUCGUAGAAAAAAAAAGGGAAAAUGAUAGUUUAUAGUGCUAUACUCGUGCAGACACACAAAUACACAUGUAUAGUUUUGAAAAUACAUGUCACUAUAUCUUUCAAAAAAAAAAAAACGGAACAUAUCAGUUAUGUGCUACGUGACAUCGCCAAUUGAAAAAUAGUAAAACAAAGAUAAUAAAGAAAAUAUGAAAUGCAAAAGAAAAAAAAAAAUAAAAAGUAAACAAUAAAUUCAACAUGAAAGAAAAAUGAUAAAAUAACUCGGAGGAAUACAUGAACUUAAACUUCUUAUUUUUCUACUUCAGGACCAAAUCGCGCCAAUCAUUCAGCAUUUUCUUUUGUUCCUUUAAACGCUACCGUCCUUUAAAUGCAUGUAUUUGUUACUUUGAUAAUGAUUAUGAUUAUAAUUACUGAUACUGAUAUUAUUUAUAUUAUUGUAUUUAUUUGGAAUGCAGUAGACAUUUUUUCCCGUAUCAUCAUCAACAUUUUCACAUAAAGUGUAAAUAUGUAGACAACUAUUAACCAGUCAUCUAGCGGGAAAUUCUGAGAGAUCUACUGUACAAUAGUAAAUAAUAUAACUGCCUGAUUGGUAUUCAAUAUUAUAUAGAAUGUAACGAUUUCUGAUAAAGGGUCUUAUUAGGAUAAAAAUAUGUGAAAGUAUUUAGCGAUAUAUAGAAAAUAAUGCUCUAUCCAUUUCGUGAUAAAAUUAAUACAUAUCAAAUCAAUUUAAUGAUUAAUAUUAAAAAAUAAAAAACUAAUUAAGUAAUAAAAAACAAAAAUAAAAGACAUAUCGAUUAAUAUUAUUAUUAUUAUUAUACUCUUGAAUGAAGAAAGUAAAUUUUUGGAUUCUUCAACAACUUUUAUACACACAAUAUAUAAAAAUAUUUAUCAAGCUAUUUACCAACUAUGUAUUUAUUAUUUAAAUAUUUCAUCAUGAAACUGUUGAAAAUGUAUUUAAAAAUUCCAAGAAAUUUCUAGCAUCCAAUUUCACUAUGGCGUUCCGCGUCGAGGGAGCGUAAAAAUUUGCGAAUCGAAUCUUUAAAUUGUGAACGAGAAUAAAAUAAAAUAAUAAAAAAUGUUAAAGUGAUCGGAUUUACAGUUGAGAGAAGUUUUAAAGAUUUUUCUCACUUUGAAAGAUUUUUAUUUAUUGAGAAAUUUCUAACAAAAAACUGUAACAAUGAAUUAUCAUAAAGAGUUGAUUGAAAGUAGAUUGAAGAAAUAUAUGAGGCCUUAAUUAAAUAAUUAAAUAGGCUAAAGGGUCAUUUUUAUCAAUAGUUCAUUGCUUGUUUAUUAUUGUUUAUGUCCAACAAUAAAAGCAUAACAAGUCUUUGUUAAUAAAUUUUCCUAGACAACAUUGUAGUUUUUCUCAUUGUUGUCAAUUUAAUAUAAAUUUUGAGUUAAAUUUUGAUAAAAAUGGCCCAUAGAAAUCGAAAAAGCGUCAAUGAACGUGAUUAGGUAAAAUGGAAUUAAUAAAAAAAAUUUUGGAAAAAUAAGGACUUGAAGAUACAGCUCGACGGAACGUCGCAUUCCGUAGGAUUUAUAACCCUCAGUACCGGAAAUCUUAGCGGCGUAAACGACUCGUGCUUACUUCCAAUUUCACGCCGCGACGAACUCGCCGCUCUAAUUUGCAGCCUUUCUUUUUUCCCCUUCUCUUUCAACUAAACAUCUUUCUUAUAUUCUCAACUUCACCACUAGUUCCUUCUUUUUCUAUCCUUUUAAUUCCACCAUUACAUCUCCUAUAAGUCCAAAGAAUAACCCUGUCCCUCUGUACUCUUUGUCCAGCCUUUAAUGCUUCGCAUUCGCAUGAAAAAAAAAGAAAAAAAACGUCCCUCAAGGCUUUUUAGCAAGACAAAUCUCUCUUGAGAAGGAACCGAUUUAAACAAAAAAAUAAAAAAAGGAAUAAAAAUUAAAUGUAUAAAAAAUUUGUAGAAUUUAUUUAUCAAAGGAAGAAGAAACAAUUCUCUUAUAGAAGAAAAAAUGUUUUUGUUUUUUUUAGAAAAAUUACUAAUUUAUUAUAAAUCGUAAAUAUAAAUAAAUCGGAGGAUUUUAAAUCUAUAAGAUAAUUUUGAAAAACUUUAUUUCUGCAAGUGUGGAAAGUAUCUUUAAAAACAUUUUAUAUUCAGUCAGAAAUGGAUUGAAAAUAAAAAAAAAUAGGUUGGAUUUAAAAGUGCUUUACAAGUGAAACUAAUUCAUAUCACUAGAUAGUAAUUGCUACACAUUAAUUAUUAAAUAAUAAACAAAUAAAUAAAUUGAAUUAAUUAAUUAUAUACACGUAUGUUUUAGUGUGGUACUUACUUAUAAGAUUUAAUAAUAAAUAUUAAUAAUAUUUGUAAACAUAACGAAUUAAUAAAACUAAAAGUGAAGAUUGUAAUAAAAUGAAAAAAAAGAAAAAAAUCUAUUGCGAAAGUGUGAGAAAAAGAAACCACGAAACCGUCGUAAUAUACGUACAAAAAAGUGAAAUAAGACGAAAAGGAAAUGAUGAAAACUUAAAAAGAAAUGAAAUUGUAAGAACACGAGGAUUGAUGACAAUUAAUUUUAAUCAUAGAAUUAAUAACAGUGUUAUAUGUCAAUCAGAUAUUUUAUACUGCAACUAGUGUAAUCGAUCAAUGUAAUUUCUUCAAUUAUUUUUCUUAUUGUUCAAUUUAUUGUCACGCUCGUUACUAUCUGGCGUUAUUUUUUAUUUUUUAUCAAAAAAUUACUCAACGAAAUAUCAAAAGCAAAAAAGAAAUAAAUGAUGAUGGUAAUAAUAAAGAGAGGAAGAAAGAAGGAGUGAGGAACUAAGAGGGAAAAAAUGGCGGUUAUGUUGCCACAAUAUGAAAGAAGAAUAAGAUGGGAGGUGAAAGACCUUCUCGAACUGGCCAAGCGGGAACCGAGAUCGUUUUCUAUGUUCUCUUGGUGUAAUGGGAGAGUUUUAGAGAAAACAGAGCUUAUAGCGUUAACAUUGCGUGACUCGAAGAGAUUUGUCUGGAAAUAUGUAAAAAAAAUUUUAUGCAAAAUGGAAAGAAGUAGAUGAAAAAAUCGAGGAAAAACAGAAAAAAAUGAUGAUCGGUGUUUUGAAAGCUAUUUCACCAAUCGGACCGUGAAUGAUUUACUAAAUUAAAUGUAUAUUUAUAAUUUAGAUUUCUCUUAUAAAAUUAUUUAGUGAAAUAGUUAUUUUUUAAAAAAAAAUGAAUUAUACUUGAAUGCUUUUGUAAUUAUAUAAAUGUUGAAUCCGCUUAAUUUGUAAUGCGAUUCACCAAAGAUUACUGUACAGAUUUAAUUGCAUUAAUCCAAAGACUAAAAGCGAAAACACCUCACAUAUAUUAAUUUAUGAUAUUCAACACAAUCAAUUUAUAUUACACUAUUUUUAAUUCUUAUAAUCUAAUUUUUACUGCGAAAUAUUAUAUUGAUAUUUUAUUUUUAUUAUUAAUUAUUAUUAAUAUUAUAAUAUAUAUUAAAACUCAGCAUUUUAAUUAUUCUUAUUAUUGUAAUUGAUCGUUAAAAAUUGUAUUAAGAACAAAAGAAAGGAUAUGGAUAAAAUUGCUAAUGCUUACUAAGGCAUUAGGAUAUGUACCAGAACGAUUGUAUUGUGUAACACAAAACUGGUUGAGUCCAUUCGAAUGAUGCAAAACGAUCGUGAUGAGUCAACGGAAUGAGUAUUUCCUUGGUGUAUCUCUGGCCACAAAAUUCUUUGGCAUUUUAAAUUAUAGAGUGCGAAUAACUGUAAGAAGAACGAUUUCUUGGGUACAAUAAAACUCAGAUCUUUGUCCGUCCGCAUCACGAUCGAUUUAUAAAAAGAACAAGCAAAAAUCAUGAGAAAAUAAUAUCGAGAAUGAAGGUUGAGAAAAAUAAAAAUCGACAACGACAUCCUAUUUAUUAUGAGUGAUAAAUUGUAAAUCACUGUAUCUGAGUUCAUAACAAGUUCUCAAUUUGUAUUUAAAAAUCACUAAACAACUAUAUUUGCGUCUAUUGGCUUCAUUAAUGUUAUAAGAAAUUCAUAAACAAUGAAAAUUUUAUGAAUACUGUAUGUUUAUUGUGCAAAAAUGAUUUUGAUGAAUGUGUCGUGCGUUCCAAGUAAAAUUAACCAUUUUAUAACAAUCGUACAUGCGAUCACAAUACCCUGGUACGUACGAUGUUAGGGUGAGAGUAUCGAGAUUGGUCUCCUUGGAAAACAAUUUAGAACGAA